AUGGUCAUGCUGGAAAAUCUCUUGUCGCCGCAAACACAGCGUCAUUCUGAUAUUGAUGAUCAGUGUCAAGCAUAUUACCAAGCCGCUGGAGGGGAAAAGAUGAGACGAGUAUACAGUCUUGAAUCUCAAGCAAAAAGCUACCACAGCCCGAAUCUCCAUACCUCUUCUGGAUCUGAUGCUACCUCGCCAGCAACACUUUUGAAUGUUAAAUCAACACUGAUAGGAAAUCUGCUUUUGAAUGUUCCAUCAACACCGAUAGGGAAUGUGGAGGAGUUAGUGAUGCAAUUGAUUCCCAUAUUGAUGGAUCACAUGCUUCCUAUAUUUGUUGAGGGGGUACGCAGAGCACUUUCUUCACCGCCAAAUACUCAUACCGACCACCCAUCAGUUGUGGCACCUGCUGCUCCUCCUACUGCUAACAUUGACAAGGUUCAUGCAUCGGUUUCUGAUGACAAUGGUAACUCUACAGCCUCGCAUUAG